AUGGAGACUAGCGAGUAUACUGAGGGAUCGGAGUCACGGUCUUUAGACCUACAGCCCAGCUCCGAAGGAUUAGGGUCCAGUUCAGAUCAGCUUCCUUCUUCAGAUGGUGUUAUUAGGUCUGCUCUUGCAACCGCAACCGCAGCAGCUGCAUCGGCUGCAUCAGCUGCAUCGGCUGCAUCAGCUGUAGCUGCUUCCACUGUCAAAGUAGCUGCAUUAUCUACAAAGACUCCAAGGCCCUACUCUGGGACCAUCCUCACCGAUCCCUCCUCUGAUCCCUCCUCUGAUCUCAGUCUUCCUGGGGAUCCCUGUGCUGGACCCAAUUUUACUCACAAGAGAGGCCGUGGAAAUCCUGACUUUGAACCCACCUAUAUUUCUUGUGUUGCUCAGGACCCCUGUACUUCAACUGACAGCUCUCCCUGUUGUCCUCCUCGUGACUCUAGCUCUGGUCCUGUUCCUGACUCUAGCUCUAGCCCUGGCCGGGGCUCUGGCCCUGACACUGGUCCUGGUCCUGCCUCUGAUACUAAACCUUGUCCAAGUUCUGGCCCUUGUCCAGGCUCUGGCCCUGUUCCAGACUCUGGUUCAGGUCCAGUCACUGGUCCUGAGCUCAGAAACGUUCAGAAAAAUCUGGUCCCUAAUGGCACCUCCUGGGGUUCACACAGCUGCUUGGAGCCUCAGAAACAGCCUUCCUGGGAAUUUUUGCAAGUCCCAGAACCUGGUGCCCGAGGGUUAUGGAAGUCCUCAAAGGUUGAAGGGACAUCUAAUGGACUCCCAAGAAAGUUGCCACGGGGCCACUGUCUCCUGUACAACUGGGAGGAGGAGAGAGCUACCAACCACCUGGAUCGAAUCCCAAACAUGCAGGAUGGCUCUGAGAGUUUCUUCUUCCGACAUGGACACCAAGGACUGCUGACCCUGCAGCUACAGUCACCCAUGGCCUCCAGCACCACCCACAGAGACUCAUACCAUCCCCCAGGAAACCUCUGUCAGCCACUUCGAGGGAAGCGGGAAAUUAUGCUGGAGCUGCUCUUGCACCACCAGAUCUGUAAAGAGGUGCAGGCAGAGCAGGAGCCCACAAGGAAGCUCUUUGAGGCUGAAUCUGUGACACAUCGUGACUACCAAAUGGAGCUGGUGCAAACAGGGCCUCCUGCCCCUACCCAGCCCCACGACUACCAUCAGGAGCAGCCUGAAACCUUCUGGCUACAGAGGGCACCACAGCUACCAGUAUGUGAGGGUGACUAA